AGAGGGAACAAAAGCAACUAUAAAAGGACGACUCGGACCAGCAGCAGCGGCGUGAGACUCCUCACUGCGCAUUCGAAAGUCGGAAUCCACCUCGACCGCGAGGAAAGAAGAGAGGAAAGGAAGAAAAGAUAGGGGAGAUCAUCAUGCAGUUCGCAGCGCUAUCCGUAUCUCUCUUCGCCGCCUUCGUGGCCGCGCAGAACUCAACUUCACUCCCUGGCCUCGUCUCCCAAAUACCCACCUGCGCGAUCCCGUGUUUCAACAGCGCUACGCAGGCGGCCAACUGCGCGUCGACCGAUUUCUCCUGCCUUUGCACGUCCGGCCGUGAUAGUUUCACCUCGUCCAUCGGGCCAUGCAUCCUGCUUGGUUCGGAAUGCACGCAGGAGGAUAUCAGCAGGGUCACUCAACUCGCUCCCGAGAUCUGCGCCGCCGUAGAAUCAAACCCGGACCCGUCCUCAGUCGCCGAGGCAUCUAACAUCGUCACAUCCGCCGUCGGCGCCCCGACCGCGUCUUCGACGCCCGACGCCGCCGCCCGGCCAGAUAUCGCAAUGGGGUUCGUCGGAAUCGCCGCCUUCGCAGCUCUGGCGCUAUAGAGCUCGCAAUCCGCAUACGCUCGCUUUUGGAAAGCAACCGGGGGGGGGCACCGCGCUCCUCCCUCCCUUAACUACACUUUUACGAUCAUUCAUGACCUGGGAUUGG